AUGCGGCUCGUCGUACGCGCCGCACCUUGGGCGCUGGCCCUGGGUUCCGCGUACGGCGCGGAGUGCGACGGCGGCCUGGUGGCCCACUGCAUCGUGGGACACGAGGCCGUCUAUGAGUCCAUCCUCCGGAUCUUCGUGCAGCGCGCAGCACCGCUGCCGUGCAGCAAGUUCUUUUAUGUUCUGGGCAUGUCCUCCCAAAGAAGUGAGACCUCCAAAGGAGGAGUCUACAAGUACAACGAGACCGUGCUUUGGGAGUCGGCCUGGAAGGUGAUGCCGCCAACUAGAUAUCUACUGGACCCACCUCCGCCGAAGGGACAGAAUCGGAUGACCUACUACCAGCCAGAUUGCCUCUUCCAAUGUAUCCACAUGUUCGACAAGGUUCGCCUGUGUUUGGAUUUGGUCCGAGAGCACGAGCAGGACACCGGGGAGCGCUUCAGUUGGAUCCUGCGCAGUCGCCCGGACCUGCUUUGGGACCCGGAGACCAAGCUGCCGCCUUUGGAUCAGUUGGCGCCUACGGGGAUCUAUACGCCGCGCCUCGCGGAUGGCUUGCAGGACUCCAUUUGCAAAGACCCAGUGCAACUGGUGCCACGGAACUUCGCGGAUCUUGUGUUCGAAAGCAUCUUGGACCGAUGUUUGCUGCGGCGGGACAUGGCCGGCAGAGUCUGGAACUGCGAUGCUUGGAUCGAGCGCUUCUGCGCUGCGCACGGGAUCCCCAUCUUCGAGCUGGACUUGAAGGCCAUCAUCCGGCGCUUGCCCAACAUUCACGAUGGAUUCCAUGACUACCAUGACCAGUGGCAUCAGCACGUUCGCUUUGCCACAGACCUGCUUCCAGACUCUAUUUAUAUCUUGGGCAACGAAGACAGCCGCUCACGACUGGGCUGGUCCAACUGGACCAGAGGUCUACCGGCAGAUUUCGAUCCGCAGGAGGGGUGUACCACUGUGGCAGACAGCCAGUUUUGCAUGCCGGUGAAUGCCUACCUGAUGCAUUUGCGGUUUGCCAUCAACGCUUCCGCGUUGCGGCGUGUAAACGCACUCUCCUUUGGGCUUUGGCGCACAUACCCGCGGAAUCUGCACUUUGGAGGUCUCGAGUCCAGGUUCCGGAAGAACGCAAGCCACUUCUGGUUCCGGCUGUGGUUUCCGGAGGUGACCGCAGACUUCUUGACGGAGGACAAGCGCAACUCCGCUGAGCCUGCCUUCCACUACAACCUCUGGACGCCCGUGCUGCUGCGGAGGGGCGACUGCAUCUUUUGGACCACCUGCGCCCGCAAAGCGGUGACCGAUCUCCGCUUCCCAGAGCCCAGGCGGCCCUUGGCGCGCGAGAGCCGCGUUUUGGUCCUCGCCUCGGGCACGUGGCCCGCGAGCCCCCGGAUGCGGCACACCGCGGGGCCCUUCCACGCGGUACAGCCGCGAGACCACAGCGCCCCGAGCGACACGGUCAAAGCCAUUCAGCUGACCAUCCUGCGCUCCGGCGGAACAUGGCCCGGGCCAAACUGGGACGAGGCGGGCGAAAAUGGCUUGGGCCGAUUGAAGACGCAGCGACUCGGUACCGAGCUUCGCCGCCACAACGUGGAGCUCUACAUCGCUGCUUUGCAGCAUUGUAGUUGGAUCCCCGGCUUCGAAUUUGGCACAAGGAGCACCUGGCACAGAGACUGGCAGAGACUGGCAGAGACGCUCGCAAAGCCAGAGUGGAGAACUUCUCCGAAGUGCUGCAUCAAGUUCUCAGCCAAUGAAGGCAGGACUUCCACGCCCGCGUGUAAUCCCUAUGCUUUAGGCUUUGCGACCUGCGCGCCAAGGCCGAAGUCCAGCUAA